AUGUUGCAGAUGAACGGGAAGAGCCCCGAAGACUGGAUCCGCCUGAUCAGCACGGACGGCUACAGCUACCUUGUCCAGCGCAAGGUCGCUGUAAUGAGUGGCACGCUCAGGAACAUGCUCAACAACGACUUUGCGGAGGCUGCGUCGAACACCUGUCCUAUCAAUGAGCGAGGGAUAAUAGUGGAGAAGCUUUGCGAGUACCUUCAGUACAAGCACACGUAUGAAAACGCGUUGCCUCGCCAGGACGGACCAGAUUUUACAGAACGGAUACCUCCAGAGAUUGCGCUUGAGUUACUUGUCGCUGCCGAUUACUACGAUAGUAAGUGA